UUUGGUUGCACAGCACAAAAUGUGCAAAGGGUGCCGGGAAUUAUAUAAAUGCAUGCAUUGCUGAAUUUAUUAGUGCAAUUUAUUUCAAGUGGUAACCCGAUGUCAGGAUGUCUAAUCUUGCUGCCAAAGAUGCCUAUCUACAGACUCUGGGCAAGAAAGUCUGUGCACAACAGAAUGAACAGCCAAGAAAAAGGCUAUUCGGUUCAGUGAGAGAUGGGUCUGAAUACCUCAGUAAGCCCCAAAAGAAGAAAAAGAAACGCAGAAGGGAUGGACCACGAGAAAGAGAACAACUGACCAGAGACAGUAAGAAUGUACCUACGAGACAAAUCAGGAAUGAAAACACAGAGCAGAAGCCAGGCUUUCCAGCUUAUAAACCAGAAACUAGUUCAUUUUCUGCUGUGGACAUCUUGCGUAAUAGACUUCAUGAAAAAAUUCAGGAAGCUAAGGGACUGGGCUGUACAGGAACAGGUUCAUCUGAAGAGAUGGAAAAGAAGCGACUCCGGAGAAAACAAGAGAGGGAGAGAAAGAAAAGAAAACGAAAGGAAAUUAGGAGACAAAAGAAGGUGGAAGCUGAAAGCUGUCAGAAUGAAAAUGCUGCUUCAGUGAGUCAAGGAGAUACACCUGCGUCUUCAAAGGAGCAAGAUGAAAUAUUUUUAUUCAAUAAAGUAGAGGUUCCUCAUGAUGAGCUGAGCAAACCUUUCAUGAAAAAAGAGAAAAAGAAGGUGAUCAAAGGGAAUAUUACACCAAUGACUGGGAAGAAUUACAAACAGCUUCUGAACCGACUGGAAUCCAGAAAAAAUAAAAUUGAGGAACUUAAGGAGAAAGACUGUAAAAAAGCACAAGAGCUAGAGAAAAAGAUAACGUGGACUAACGUUUUGUAUAAAGCAGAGGGACUUAAGAUCAAAGACAAUGAGGAAAUGCUGAAGGCUGCAUUAAAACGGAAGGAAAAACUCAGGGCCCAGCAUAAGAAGAAGUGGGAGAAGAGGACAGAGAAUGUUCUGGAGAAGAUGCAGCAGAGGCAGGAUAAGAGACGAAGAAACAUCGCCAAGAAAAAGAAAAUGAAAAUGGAGAAAAAGAAAAGAAGAAAGAAAGAUCGCAUAUUUCCUGAAGACUUGGACAAAGCCUAGUUUUAAAGGCAGUAACGGUUAUGUGGAUUCCAUUUACAAAAUCCCGCACAAGCUCAGAAUAGCUUUAACUUCCUUUAACCACUGCAUUAGAGAAAAAGUAAGCAGAAUGCUGUUCAGAUUAUAAAUACAAUUUUUGGAUCAUUUGCGGUUUAAGAAUUGUAUGCUGAUUAAUAAGUCAGACUUAACAGUGUUUUGUAGUGACUGACAGAAGUAAAUGUGCAGGCAGCUGACCUUUACCCCCACUUUCCUAAUGUAAUCAUUUAUUUUACUGUAGUGUUUUAUGGGCUUUUUUGUUUAAUAAAAUGUUUUAGACUCUUGUUCUUCAGUAUGAAACAUGGCUUAGUAACAUCACUUUUAGAUGUUUAACAAAAUAAAUUUAAUGUUCAGAAGUCUCUCAUCA